CCGAACUCCCCCUUUUAGUCGAUGCAUCUCACGAACGGAGCAGAGAGGAGCAGCAGCAGCUGUUGCUAAUUGUUGCGUCUCCGUACGUAAUCCCGUCCUCGUGCAAGCGAGGUUUAGUAACGCAGCGGCCAAGUUAGGAGUUCUCUUCGGGGCUCUCUCCUCGACCGCGCUCACGAGUUCCGUCUGGGACCCGAGCUCUCUCAAAAUCAGGAGCCAAUUCCCAUCUCUUGGGAUUUUGUUAACCAGUGAAGCAGUAUUUUCGGGCACCAUGGGGCUUCACUCGCUAUGCGCCAUGGGCUGCCAGACCCCUUCAUCUUCGGUUCUCGCUCCGUCAUCGUCUCUCGUCCAUUCGUCGCUACCCAGUUCCUCUCGCCCUUCUCGUUCCUCUGGCUCCUCUCGUCAAGUCAAUUCUCACCGCACCUCGUCCGCGAUUCCCUCCUCCCAUGCCACUUCCUCCGCGUUUCACGGCGAGUUUCACGGCCUGCACCAUCACCAGCUCUCGCGCAACCCCUCCGCCUUCUCCCUCUCGCACGCGAAGGCCUUCGACGAAGCUUCUGACCGUCAAAUCAAGUUUCCAGCUCACUCCGCAGGACGCGAACGCGACGGCGGCUAUGGCGGCGGCGGUUGCGGCAAGCGCGCGGUGGUGACAGCUGUCUUCGAGCGAUUCACGGAGCGCGCGAUUAAAGCCGUCAUGCUGGCGCAGGCGGAAGCUAAGGCUAUCGGGCGGAAAGAGGUCGCGACGGAGCAGCUCCUAUUGGGUCUUAUCGCGGAGGAUUUCGCGAGCGCCGGAAAGCCCGGCGGGUAUCUCGGCUCGGGAAUGACUAUCAGCAGCGCAAGAGAUGCCGUCCGCGCAAUGAUUAGGGACGGCCGGCUGCCUGCCGCGGUUGGUCUGCCGGCUGGCAAGCCGGCUUCCGAGGUGCCGUUUUCGGCCGGCAGCAAGCGGGUGUUUGAAAAAGCGCUGGAAGAGUCGCGGAAGCAUCGCCAUAACUUCAUCGCGCCGGAGCAUCUGGCGGUGGCGCUGGUGCAGGUUGAACACGAGGGGGCGCAGCUGGUGAUCGAGAGCCUGGGAGCGAGCAAGCAUCGGCUGCAGCAGGCAGCGCUGGCGCGGCUCAAGGGCGAGCUCGAUAAAGACGGCCGCUCGUCUGAGUCGCUCUCCAACCCCUCCUCUCGGCCUGCCAGCAGCAGCAGCGCUCAGCCUAAGGCAGUCAGCCAGGCAGCGAACAAGGGGCGCGGAAAGAAAGCCCAGCAGAGCGCUUUGGAGCAGUUCUGCACGGACCUAACAGCCAGGGCGGUGAAGGGGGAGAUUGACCCUGUGAUUGGAAGAGAGGAGGAGGUGGCUAGGGUGGUGCAGAUCCUUGCUCGUCGCACCAAGAACAACCCGCUGCUGCUGGGGGAGCCAGGGGUGGGCAAGACGGCCAUAGCAGAGGGGCUGGCUCUGCGCAUUGCUGAGAACGACGUGCCUCGGUUCCUGCAGGGAAAGCGGCUCUUAUCUCUCGACAUGGGGCGGGUGAUGGCAGGAGCGAAGGAGCGGGGCGAAUUAGAACUGAGGGUUACUUCCCUCGUGGCAGAAGCGGUGGCGGCUGCAGGCGAGGUGGUGCUGGUGAUCGACGAGGUGCACACGAUGGUGGGCGCGGGAGCCGUGGGGAGGGGCAGGGACGGAGGGGGAUCGGGCCUUGAUAUCUCCAAUCUGCUCAAGCCGGCACUCUCCAGGGGGCAGAUUCAGUGCAUCGCCACUACGACCACCGCUGAGUUCCGCAAGCACCUGGAGAAGGACAAGGCUCUGGCCCGGCGGUUCCAGCCAGUCACAGUGGACGAGCCCUCAGAGGUAAGUGCGAUGAUAUGUUUUUUUUAAUCACUGAUAUGAGAAAUUAUCAACUAUAAUCAAGAAGUAUAAUGCGUUGGCCUGACGAUUUCUGCCAGUCACGGUGGAUGAGCCCUUGGAGGUAAGCAGGGAGGUGAUCUUAUAACGGGGAUGUGAUUAUUUGUAACAUGGUGGAAAAUGAUAAAUUUCAGGGCACUCGGUUUCAGCCAGUGACGGACGAGCCUUUGGAGGCGG